UUCCUUUGGUGCGAUGAUAUUUUAAGAACAAACGUACUUAGAUGCCUGGUAAGACGACGAAGCCACGUGCCAUUGUAAGAACCUUCAAGACUGGUACGACGUCGUGUUGCAAUUGUCUAUUCCUUCCCUUUGCAAAGUGCAACACACAGUUCACAGAACCAAGGCCUCACUUCAAUUAGCUGUGUCUGUGCAGACCUAGAAGGAAUAGUAAUGGCGAUCCGACAGCUCCUAACCCUAGCUCGCAGGUCCCGUAAACCCUCUUCUACCUUUAUCCAAGCCGUACGAUCCUUAUCCACCGCUCCGGCGGUGGCCACCACCGCACCACUACCAUCUCCUCCGCCUCCAGACGCCAUGAUCUACGACCGACUCGCCGAGUCCGUCAAACGCACAAUCAAGCAACUUGAAAACUCCGACCCAAGAUUCCUCCGGCACAACUCUCCCAUCCCAACCCUAACCGACCAUACCCCAAUCCUCACCUCCCCCCUCACACGCAUCACCACCCUCCCCUCCGGCCUCCGCGUCGCCACCGAAUCCAACCUCGCCUCCAAGACCGCCACCGUCGGCGUCUGGAUCGACGCCGGCAGCCGAUUCGAGUCCGACGAGACCAACGGCACCGCGCAUUUCCUCGAACACAUGAUAUUCAAGGGCACCGAGAAGAGAACCGCCAGGGAAUUGGAAGAGGAGAUUGAGAAUAUGGGUGGACAUCUCAAUGCGUACACAUCCAGGGAGCAGACCACGUAUUACGCCAAGGUUAUGGACAAGGAUGUGCCCAGGGCGUUGGAUAUAUUGGCCGAUAUACUGCAGAAUUCCAAGUUCGAUGAGAAUCGGAUUACCAGGGAGCGUGAUGUGAUCUUGAGGGAGAUGGAGGAGGUGGAAGGGCAAACUGAGGAAGUUAUUUUUGACCAUUUGCAUGCAACUGCAUUCCAAUUCACUCCUCUGGGUAGAACCAUUCUUGGACCAGCUCAGAAUAUAAAGACAAUCACGAAAAAUCAUCUUCAAGAAUACAUCUCAAAGCACUACAGUGCUCCAAGAAUGGUAAUUGCGGCUUCUGGUGCUGUUAAGCAUGAGGAUGUUGUUGAGCAAGUUAAGAAACUUUUCACGAAGUUAUCGACUGAUCCAACCACAGCUUCUCAGUUAGUUGAUAAAGAGCCAGCUUUUUUUACAGGUUCUGAGGUUAGGAUAAUUGAUGAUGAUAUGCCUCUGGCACAAUUUGCGGUUGCUUUCAGUGGAGCAUCUUGGACGGAUCCAGAUUCCAUCGCUUUGAUGGUCAUGCAGACAAUGUUGGGCUCUUGGAAUAAGAAUGCAGGUGGUGGAAAGCACAUGGGUUCUGAGCUUGCACAGAGGGUUGCCAUUAAUGAAAUAGCUGAAAGCAUGAUGGCUUUCAAUACCAACUACAAAGACACUGGUCUAUUUGGCGUUUAUGCUAUUGCUAAGCCGGAUUGCUUAGAUGAUUUAGCCUGGGCCAUUAUGCAUGAGACAAGCAAAUUAUGUUAUCGUGUUUCAGAAGAAGAUGUUACGCGUGCUCGUAAUCAGUUGAAAUCUUCUCUGCUGCUUCACAUAGAUGGAACCAGUCCUGUUGCUGAAGAUAUUGGUCGCCAGCUUCUUACAUAUGGCCGAAGAAUUCCAUUCGCAGAAUUAUUUGCUAGGAUUGAUGCCGUAGAUGCUAGCACCGUCAAACGUGUUGCAAACCGUUUUAUAUUUGACAAGGAUGUUACUAUUUCUGCCGUAGGGCCCAUCCAGAAUUUACCUGACUACAAUUGGUUCAGGCGCAGGACUUAUUGGCUCCGUUUCUAGGUUUCUAGCACUUUCGUUUGUUAUUUCUUUCACCUUCUUAUGUUCUCAACGGGUCGCAGAAAGUAUUUACACAAGUAGGGUGGUUUUCUAUUUAUAUUCUAUUCCCAGAUUUUGUCUCUUAACAUUUCUCAGUCACUCAAUAAUAAUUAUGCUGCAUUCAGUAAUUUGGUAGAGACAAUUUUUUUUCUUCCAAGUCAUAUUCAACUUGGUUGUAUCAUUGGUUGGCCUGCAUUGUAUUUGUACGGUGACUUUGGUCCCUUAUUUGGUCAAGAGCCACCCGAUUAAUGGAGACCCUUGUAAUGUUCAUUUU